UCAUCUGCUCGCUGCUUCAGAUUCCCCGGCACAGAGCACACCUCCAACUACACUCACUCCAACAUGUCCAUUCUCAACGGAACCCUCCAAAAAUCUCAGUGGGUUCUUCAAAUCAACGACCUCAUUGACCGAAAUGCCCUCCCCGCCGCUUCUCGUACCCCCAUUUCCGUCUUCCAGCUGCCGGAAUCCGUCCGCGACGGCGACCCGGCGGCGUACCUCCCCCAGUUCAUCGCGUUGGGGCCGUACCAUCAUUUCCGGCCAGAGCUUUACAAAAUGGACUUGUUCAAACUUGGGAAAGCCAAGAAUCUGAAAUGGAGACCUCAACUUCAUGAACUUGCAGAUCAGCUUAAGCCAUUGGAGCUCCAAAUCCGAGGCUGUUUCUGUGGAUCCCUUGAAAUUGAUGACGAAACCUUAUCAUGGGUUGUGCUCAUUGAUGGUUUGUUUUUAAUUCAUUUACUUCAAAAUGAGUUCAGUAAUCGUCCCCUUAAGCUCCCCUUAGAGAUCUUUUAUGGGAAAUUAUGGUCUGAGUUUGAGAUUGUUAGUGAUAUGAUGAAGCUUGAGAAUCAGAUUCCAUUACUUGUUCUUAAAGAAAUUUGCCCCGAUGAACCCUUUAACUAUUUGGCUCCUCUGUUUUACCAAUUUUCUGCUUCUGUUUCCCCAUUUGAGUUGGUAUGUUUUGGAUUUGCCUCCAAUUUGCCUGAAAUCUUCGAUUCUUCCUACCAUUUGCUACAUUUUGUGUAUUUUCUAAUCUUGCUUAUUCCUGAUGAGAUGGCUGUGGCAAAUAUCUGUGCUUAUUCUAUGCCAAUUGGAAUGGAUUCUUCUUCUUCUUCUGUUGAGUUUUUAGGUGAGAGUUUGAACAUUUUGGGGUCUGUUAUUAACAUAGCCUUCAUUCAACAAGUGAAAGAGACAUUUGGUUUAAUUCAACGUUUGUUUAGACUAUUAGGAUCUAUAACAAAGCCAAAUUUGUGUGAGAAAAAGCUCCCUAUGAUAAUCCCUUCUGCUUCCGACUUGAAAACUGCUGGAAUCACAUUCAAAUCCACCAAAAAUGGCGUUUUAAAGUGUCGUUUUGAUGAGAAAACGCUCACUUUAACAUUGCCUUCCAUUCAUCUUGAUGGGUUCUCUGAAGUUCUGCUUAAAAACCUAGUGGCAUUUGAAGCAAUGGCAGAGCUGAAUCCGCAGUGUUUGGUAAAUUACAUUGCCUUAAUGAAAGGGCUAUUGAGAAACUCCAAAGACUUGAAGAUUUUGGUGAAAGCAGAGAUUGUUGACAACCAUUUGAGCAGUGAAGAACAGGCUGUGGAGGUGUUUAAUGGGGUUGAGAAUUCAACCAGCAGCUUGAAGAAAGAGGAGGUUUUGAAUAUCCAUCUCAAAAGUGGUCUGGAUUGUGAGAUUGGAAGUGGGUUCAUUCAAGAUAUCAAGAUGAACUAUGAAAUGGGAUUGGGGAGUAUGGUUGAAGAGAUCAAUAAAUGGUAUGGGAGCUGCUGGAGGAUGAAGAUGAAGAAGUUCAUGUCUGUUGUUUUCAAGUGUUUUGCAGUUCUUGUUGUUGUGUUUGUGAUUGUUCUUGUGAUUGCUCGAUUUGUUUGCAAUUUUGUUAGCUGCUCUGUCGGAAUGUUUAAAACCAGUGAUGCUCUGCAUCAGAUGUAUUGAGGAUAAGGUUGAUUACAUCUAGUCUAAAACGCUUAUAGAAUUUGUCCUUUUCGCACUUUUUCUUUUGAA